CUACCGAGUUAAGUAUAUUCAGAGCUCGUCUGCAGCCAAAAGCUUCCAUUUGCAUUGCGAUGGGGGCUCUACCUCGCGGCCUGCUAGCUGGCAUCUGCGCCGUCUUGUUAGCAGCAGUGGUUGCCCAUGGUGCGGAACAGGAAACGGCGUCAAUGGUGGUCGGCUUGGCCAAGUGCGCCGACUGCACCAGGAAGAACGUGAAAGCUGAGGCGGCAUUCAACGGCCUUCAAGUGGCUGUCAAGUGCAAGAACGCCGACGGCGUCUUCGAGACCAAGGCCCUCGGUGAGGUUGACAAGUCCGGCAGCUUCAGCGUUCCCCUCCCGGCUGACCUCCUCCGCGAGGACGGCGAGCUGAAGCAAGACUGCUUCGCGCAGCUCCACAGCGCGGCCAACAAGCCAUGCCCCGGACAGGAGCCGUCUUGGAUCGUCCGGCCAACCACCGACAACGACGACGACGAUAAGAUGAAGAAUACCUUCGUCGCAGUCGCCGGCAAGGUGCACUACCCAUCAAAGGAGUGCGCCUCUGCUUUCCUCUUCUACCAUUUGUUCAAGAAGCACCUGUUGCACAAGAAGCCCAUGGUGAUCAUCCCUCACAUCCACAAGAAGCCCAUGGUGCCGAUGUACCGCCACUCGCCCGUGCCGGAGUACAAGCCACCUCACCCGACGCCCACCCCGAUCUACCAUGCUGCAGCUGAGCACAAGACACAGAACCCCGAGACGGACCCUGAGAAGUUCAAGAAGCUGCUCCCCUUCAUAAAAAAGAACCCCUUCUUUCCCAAGUUCCCCAAGUUUCCUCCCGGCAAGGAGGAGAACAAGGCGUAAAAAUAUGAGGGCGAGAGACCAAGUGUACCCCUUUCCUCUGCAUCCACUCUUACGUAGUGUCUGUUGCAUCUUGCAUAGACCGUCAUUACCUCCUGUUUCUUGACAGUGUUUGUCACCUCUCACCGGCCAGGGCUCCCACUAAUAGAAAUAAAACUUUUGUUCUAAGCACCUUAAAUUCUUCAUGCUGGGUUAGUCAUGACUCAAGGGAUGUUUUGUUUGGGAUUGUAAUCUGCUCAGAUUAUAUAAUCUAAUAAAUUUUGAACGAAGCGUUAGUUCCGAACAGAUUAUAAUCCUGAACAAACACCCCUUUAUAUGGUCUAUAUGUAUAAUGGUAUUUAGACAUCUUCAUUCCGAGCGAGAUAGAAACCUUUUCUGGGCCCGCUCGGUUCCUACGUUUUCGGAACCAUCCU